AUGGUCGCGGCAAAACCUCCCCAGUCUAGAUCCGGGUCAUCGAGUCUCAGCACGGGACCCGCGACGCUCGAACCGCGGAUAAAACAAGUAUCACAGACCACGAUCCGCAAGAAAUGGAGACCUCUACCGCCCUCGUCGCAGGAGAAGGUUAGGCAGCUCUUCCUGAAUGUCAAGACGAGGAGAUCUGGUGCCGGUGGGAACGGCAGGAUUCCACCGGUUGGCAAAAUGCGCAACAACGACAACGCAAAGAUGCCAAAGAGGAACGCGACGAUGGCCAGUGUCAGGGAGGAUGAGUACGAGAAAGCCGUGGAGGAGGUUGCUGAAAAACUACUCGCCCGCCUACCCCGAAUGCCAUUCCCACAGACAAAUGCAUCCACAGUGGAUGAUUCGCCAUUUGAUCUUUCUGCGACUCUCGCCCGCAUUGCCACCCUGCAGUCCCAGUUAACGACAAACCUCCAAUCUGCGCAGCUUCUCCGGCGGCAGAUCAACCGAGAGAAACUCGCCCUGAAGAGGGACCGCGCUCAAUUGAAAACGCUCGAGGAAGGCUUCAAAAGCAGCGAGGCGCUGAGGCGGAAGAAGGAGAGGGGCCUGCAUCCGAUAGCGAAGAACUUGCACAGGGAAGAAGACGAGGACGAGGGCGGCAGAGAAGCUGAAUUGCGGGAGGAGGUCGAGCGCGUCAACAACAUUGCAGGAAUCUUCCCCGUGAAUCAGAGGACAUCCGCCAUGUCGGAGUCAAUGACCUGCUCGCCUCCAACACUGAGUCCCGGCUCAGACGACGACCCGGAACUGAGUUUGCUGCUCGACCAACUGCGGAGCCAUCUCCUCAGCAUGCAGAACAACACGGCAAGCAUGCUGCCUGUAUUAGCGGCUAUGGAUGAGACCAAGGUCACGUUGGACAAAUUUGCUGCCCGCCACGGGAUCGGAAAUAGUCUUGGAAACACUUGA